CAGUCUGCUGCUUUCCUUUUAACUCGGGCUUUAACUUGUUAAUAGCUUCAUUCUACGUGGAUUUUGCGAUCAAUUUCUCUAGUCUUCAAGUGAAACCCAUCUUUAAAGCCAUCAUCUCACUGCUUUUCUGAGUUGUGACCAUCUCCGACCAGCUGUUGGCUCGCUGUUGUCCUGUCAAAACUCCAAAACAUUCCAGGCAUCAGCUGAUUGACCGGAUCGGGGAGCAGCGACCCGACAGCCGACAGCACCACCAAGCACCACACCGGAUGCCUGAGUGCGUACACACCAGGGCGGAGUGUACUCAGUUUCCUUCCAAACAAAUCCCCGAGGCAUUUCCUUAUUUUGAGUUAUGGGACGUGCAGGACAUCUCUACAGUUGGCCCUUAGCAGUUAGAGGUUAAUACGAGGCUGCGCGCUCGGCUCCUGGCGUUUGGCGACGGCAAAAUGAGUUGCCGACAAACCCUCUUUGUCUUGAUGGAUAUGGAGGCCUUCCCAGCCGGUGGUCAGGAGGCACCAUGAAAAGGGAUUACGCGAGAAAGUUGGGCCUUCUGUGAGGUUUUGGUUUGUUCCUGUUUACGCAGAUGGAAUCUGGACUGGCACUAAUUGCUUCCCUGGAGUGAUUCCUUCAUACAUCCAGGAAAAAAUAUCAUGCCUCCACUAGUGCCUGUGCAAUCUCUUUACAAAACAUGUCUAUUGAUGAUAUUUAACCAUCUGCGUUGCCUAGUUCGUCAAAAUCCUGAUUCUGUGGAGUCGCUCCGGGCAUUUUUGCAAUCUUCAUUUCAUCGUGGUAUCAGACAAAAUCUUAUAGACAUUGCCACAAAACAUUGCAGUUCCAGCGAUGUAUUCAUUCUUCUGGACCUCUUACGAGUGUUGUUAGAUAAAUCUAUAAAGCGCUUGGAUUUGUCUGCUGGAGAUGAGAAUACUGUGCUCAGAGCUGAUCAGUGUGCACGUCUAUUUGAAUAUUUUGAUGAAUAUGACACAGUUGGUCUGCAGGAGCUUCUUGUGAAGGUUCCACUGCCAAAUUCUUACAGGGGAGGCAUUGAGAGUCUGUCUCCUGGGAAUUUUGCCCUUCAUAGGGUAUUGCGGCGGGGUUUGGCUUCUUCUCUCCAUACCCUCGUCCUCCACUCUGUGUGUGACAAUGAAACACUGCAUCUACUUGGUCAGUAUGCUGUUCAUUUAACACACUUGGAUGUGAGCAGCUCUUGGCUUGUGGAUGAUAGGGGCUUGCAACAGUUACUACUUCAGAAUCCUGAUGUAUGCUAUUUCGAAUCUGAUGCAUUGGAUACAGUUGAAACUAUAUUUACUUCAAUGUGGUCAAUUUCCCAUGCGUUUGGUGACCCUCAUGCUGGUGUGAAUCUCUGCUGUUCCACUCUGCAAGAAGUCCGAAUUCAGGACACAAACACUUCUGAAAUAGGGGUGGCUUUACUCUUGCUCUUUGUUCCGAAUUUGCGCUCACUGGGUGGAUUCAUCUACUACAGGAGUGUUGGUGAAGCCAUUAUUUCUCUAUUGCGUCAGUCUCAGAAUACUCUCCGGCUUGCUUUGACGGAAUUAUGGGAUACUCACAUGCCCUCCUUGAAAGCCUCUGUUUUGAGUCCAGCCCUCCCCAAUCUGUCAAGCUUGUAUACUCGAGCAACAUGGCUACCCACAUUGAACAUCUUCCCUCAUCUUUCUUCUCUUACUAUUGAUUUUGACUUCAUUGAUUUUUCUCAUUCUCUGGAAAGAUUUCUCAGAGUAAUUCCUCAGAUGCUCCGGAAACUUGUGCUGGUUGAUCAGGUGCAUGCUGUUGACUUGGCAAUAAUUGGAGAGCUGUGUCCAGGACUCGAGGAGUUGAGUGCCAAACUUAAUGGUACUUGGUGCUCAGGAAGCAGACAAAAGGCCUUCAAAUUGUUGCCUUCCCUCCAUACCUGCCGUGUGCGAAUUUCAAAUCAAGACACUUUUCGCUCGCUACUUGUGCAUACUCAAAAGCUUCGGGUAUUGGAGGUCAUAAUGGAAAGCAAACCACUGGAUGAAGAAAAACUGGAUGAUGCAUUGAUAUCAUCAGCUCUUAAUGAGCGAAUAAUGCCACCACAGUUAACUCGUUUGAAUAUUACUGUAUCCAACUCCACAAUGGUACAAUGGUGCAAUCUAUCAUUUGUCAGUGUUCACAUUCUUGCUCAAGCUUGUCCUCAGCUCAGGCUCCUAGGAGACCUUAAUUUAUGGAGAAUCCCUAAACGGCAACUAAUGGAGUUAAUGCAUGAAAUAAUGGCGAAAAAUUGGGAUUUGCAGCUUAUCUGUCGUGGCGAGCUGUAUCCCUCAACAUCAUGGAGAAAGUUGAAUUACAUUUAAACAGUGAGAGCUGCACAUAUACAUGCUGCUGGCUUUUACUUGCUAAGUAAAUCAAGUAAUGAAUAAUUAAUGAAUGCAUGUUAUGUGUUCUAAGUUUGACUGAUUAGUAGGACCAUUAUCUCUUAGGGUUUUUUUUUCUAUGUUUAAUGUUUUCCAAUAUUAGCAUUUUUGCUAAGACUGGUUGCCCUUUCAGAAAGCUAUUUGAAAACCCGCUCAAAUUGGUAUAAAAAAAUCAUAUUGAUAAUGUUGACCUUGUACUUCUGGCAUUUUGUUAUACGUACUACAAAGUGGUUGAAUACAAUAGGGUUAGUAAUAAAACUCUAUGUCACUGGUUUUCUUUGACCUCUGAAACUAGUGCUUUUCUAUUUUUGUGGUGUCCCCAUUUAUAGCAAUAUUGGUCUGUGAUAAAUAUUUGUUAAGGUAAAAUUGUGUGUUCAUAUAUGAUAAGGCUGAAUUUAUCUGGGCCUGGCUGUCAAAUCAAAAUAUUCAGGGAUAGAAGCCUCGUAAGAAAUUCAAUUAUUGUAUUGAUUAUGAAGUGUGUUAGCUUUAAGUUUUCCACUGAGCUGUAUCAUGCAUCUAAUGUGUUUGUGGUUUAUUUCUUGGUAGAUAAAGAAAUUGCUGUUGUAAGAUAGUGUUUUAUGUACAGGGUGUAAAAAUAUUGUUUGGCUAAGCUCCAAAAUUCCUGGUUGGUCACAUAUUAUGGUGGUAUGAUAUCAUUUGAUAUAUGCUUUCAGGAAAAUAAGGUUUGACAAUAUUUUUUCACAAAUUGCUUUUUGGUAUUAGAGUUGUCUUCAAUUAAAUAGUUACUUGAAAGUGAUCUCGGACAUGGCAUAAGCUUUGACAUGACCCAUUACAUGUAAGCACUUCGGAAUAUAAGCCUAGUUCCUUUACAUUUUAAUAAUAUGAACUUACUCUGUAUAGUGCUACAUUGAAUGAUUUAUUGUGCUUUUCUAUUAAUUUUUCAGUACAAAAGUUUCCACUCUAGAAAACAAGACUCAAUAGCAUUAAGACAUACCAUCUUAUAUUUAAUUUUUUUCUUUCCUAUGAUUUGUUUAAUUUCCUUCCUUUUGUAAGAUUUUCUACUUAUAAACAUUUUCUAUAGGAAAGUGAUGAUGUAUUGGUUCUCAGCUUUGACUCAAAGCUAUUUUUACUGAGAAUUUUAUGUAUUUUCAAUGUAGCAGAGAAAUGUCCUCUGAUUGAAUGUUUAGUAGCAAAUAAAACCCAAGUAAACUAA